UUCCCUUCCUUCAAAUCUCCUCAGCUGAAGCGUAAGUAAUAUUAGCAUUAGCACUUGACUCGCUUUAGACGCUUCAACAUGUCUGCACUGCUAAAAGGACUCGCCCGUAUCCGCUCAGCUCCAGCUCUGCGGGGGACAGGCUUCACUCAGCGGGCUAACAUUACAACAAAACCCGCAAAGGAUACUCUAGGAGCAGCUGAGACAACAAUCGGUCUUGGUCUGUUUGGAAUGGCCAUCCUGGUUCCAUCCGGUUGGGUCCUGGUUAACCUUGAGAGCUACAAGAAGAAGGAGGUCUGAAAAAGUAGUCUGCUACGAUCGUUUCCUUCAAACCCCUUUCGGGACCAUUGGAACCUCUGACCCACCAGUUUACCUUCUCUCACUCACACCAGUCUCUAAAAUGUUUGUCCAUGUACAACGGCUGCGCAGUGACUUGUAGUAAUUGGUGAUCUUGCAGCUCUUCUUGUGGAUGUUACACACUUAAAAAUAAAAAUGUUAUUUAAAUCUUAA